AUGAGACUGCGCAGAUUUGCAUUCACCCCCGUGUGCUCAUUUUUAUUGUGGGCGCUUAUUAUUUGCACUUUUUUUCUGUUUCCAUAUGCCAAGUCGAGACUUGACUCAAAAGAUCUUAUACAAUUUCGACCUCCUUUUUACAAACGUUUAGUCAGUGAGGAGGUUAAAACACUUCCACCUAAACUUAACCUAAGCCCCAUUAACUUGGUUCUGAUUUCAACAUUGGAUGGCAACCUGCACGGUGUCGACCGAUAUACUGGCCAAAUUAUAUGGAGUUUAGAAGGUGCCGCCGAAGGUUCCUUGAUUAGAACAUAUACGCGUUCGUCUUCUAAACAACACAAUGCUACUAGGAAUAAGGAGGAACACGUUGAUAAUAUGAGAGACAAAGAGAAGGAUGUCAACAAAUUUCCAUAUACCGUUAAAUAUCUCGUGAUGAAUUCACCAUUUCGUUCUGCUGAUGGUAAAAUAUUUAUUGUUGGCAGUAAAUCAACAAAAUUCCUCGCCAUCGAUCCUGCUACUGGAAAGAUCCUUCAAUUUUUCAGUAGUGACGGAGAAGAGAAAGAAUGUCCGUCUAUGGGAUCAUUGCCUAGAGAUGCUAUAUUUAUGGGCAUAAAUGUCUAUAAAAUAUCUAUCUUCGAGCGUGGCAUACCGAAAUGGAAUACUACAUACACCGAAUACGUACCGCACAGUUUCGAUUUAAAAAUUGAGCAAUUUCACAAAACGUCACCUGAUGAUCUAUACAUCGCGUCAACUCAUAAUGGGGAAGUUCUUUCUACCGAGUCUUCAUCUGGUCAACAUGCUUGGUAUCAUAAAUUUUCUUCUCCAGCAGUUAAUGUAUUUGACGUGUUGGCAUCAAAGGAUCUACCAAGUGGUCUACAUAUCGUAAGACAACCUCGACCUUCCGACACUUACCAUCAACAUCUGAAAAAAUUACACCCUUCUUCUCAACUGGCAGCAUAUAUAGGUGAUAACGACGGCACAUUAUUUGCCAUGUCGGUUGAGAAUUACCCAUUGACACAAUUCAUUGCUGAUUCUUUAUGGUUCGAUUAUUAUAACAAACGAAUUUCCAGCGAUAAGAAUAAUGAAUCACAAGAAAAUAGAGUUCUUUGUCGCCCUGGUUCUAGUAUAUACCCGGCGUGUUUGAUUGGAAAGCAUAAUUUAGUUACUGGGGAACCGCAACGUCCAGGUAUUGAAGGCCCUCCGGUCAACUUUAAUCCCAACGGUUCCUUGUUUGAACCAGAAGCAAGGUCAAUUGCGCAGAUUGGUUUGUCUUGGGCCUUUAUUUUCUUUAUCGUUGCUUGUUUUGUAUUUUUGAAUAAAGUACUAAGGAAUGGAAGUAAUCAUCAGUCCAUCAAAAAAACCAUAUUGUCUUUCUUAAACUUUAAAACACCGUACGCUGCCAAUAAUCAUGAUGCUUCUACGAAAGAACUUUUUAACACCAAACACAAUACCAAAAAAGAAAUUGGAAAAAAGAAAAAGAAAAAUGCUAAAAAUCCAACCGUGAAUACCAAAAAAACUGAAUCAAAAGAUGAAGAUAAAGGGAAAGUUGCUUUACUCAAAGUUCAAUUUCCUAAAGAAGUAUUACAAAGCACCGAGGAACUUGAGGAUUUUCCGGUUGCCAAUCCUCAGUCAGCCACGAGUGGUAUAAACUUAACGGAACAAAGUAUCAUAAAUUCAAAUGGCGAAAUAAAAUUAAACUCGUUGGUAGUAUCUGACGUAAUUUUAGGUUAUGGAAGUCAUGGUACAAUCGUAUAUAAGGGAACGUUUGAAGGACGUGACGUUGCGGUUAAACGGUUGUUACUUGAUUUUUACGAUGUAGCACAUCACGAAGUAUCACUUCUUCAAGAAAGUGAUGAUCAUCCAAACGUGAUUAGAUAUUUUUGUAAGGAGCAAUGUGAUAGAUUUUUGUACAUUGCCCUCGAACUUUGUCCUGCUUCAUUACACGACUUAGUUGAAAGGGGUUCGACAUUUCAGUAUGCAGAAUUAUUAACUUCAUCACACCCUUCAAAGAUUCUUUAUCAAAUCAUUUCCGGUUUACAUCAUUUACAUUCAAUGAAAAUUGUUCAUCGAGAUAUAAAACCACAGAACAUUUUAAUUUCGCCUUCAAAACAUAAGAGAAUAACACAAAAGGAUGGUGUUUCACAACAGACCGUUCCCGUGAGGGUAUUGAUUUCAGAUUUCGGAUUAUGUAAAAAAUUGGAGGGGGAUUCAAGUAGUUUUCAUAACACUACAAAUAAUGCAGGUGGGACUAUUGGUUGGAGAGCACCGGAAUUGCUUUCACCAUCCAACCCGUCUUCACCAGAUGGAAAUAAUAAUAAUAAUGUUGAUUCGGUUUGGACAUCUGUAGAUCGAUUGAAUGAUAAUUCAUUUACGUCAUCAUCAUCUAAUGGAUCAGAUUAUGAUAACGGACAACCACGAAGGGUCACAAAGGCGAUAGAUAUUUUUUCGACGGGCUGUUUAUUUUAUUAUGUAUUAUCGGGAGGCGAUCACCCGUUUGGUGAUCGUUAUUCUAGAGAAAUUAAUAUUUUAAAAGGAGUUUAUGAAUUAACAAAGUUAGAAGGAAUGGGAGAAGAAGGAAUUGAAGCAAAAGAUUUAAUAAUGAGAAUGAUAGAACGAGAUCCAAAAAAACGACCAAAAGCGGAAACCAUAAUGUUACAUCCAUAUUUCUGGUCACCGUCUAAACGCCUUGGUUUUCUCCAGGACGCGUCCGAUCGUUUUGAGAUAGAGGAAAGAGAUCCGCCAUCACCAUUACUUCAACGAUUAGAACAAGGUGCAGUGAAUAUUAUAGGACCAGAUUGGUAUAAACGAAUCGAUAGAGUGUUGGUGGAAAAUUUAGGCAAAUACCGAAAAUAUGAUGGUUCUAGAGUGAGGGAUUUAUUAAGAGCCUUAAGAAAUAAGAAACAUCAUUAUCAGGAUCUUCCUGAACAUGUCAAAAGAUCUUUGGGUGAAAUACCUGAUGGUUUCCUUUUUUAUUUCACAUCAAGAUUUCCUCAAUUAAUGUUGCACGUAUAUUAUGUGAUUUCUGAAUCAGAAAAACUAAAGAAUGAAAGCAUGUUUAGGCAUUAUUUCGAUUUACAUGGCGAAUUUUAA